AAAUUUUAAAUAAUCAAAGAACUUACAAAUAUAAAUAUUUAUGACGUCUUCACUUCGAAACGAUUGUCGCAGAAUCGACAUCACAGGAUUAUUUUCUACAUAAGCGAAAAUAUUAGCUGGUUGAGUUGGAUGAAAAACUGCAAAUUGUAAUGGUACUUCAAGAAAGAUUUAUCAAAUAUUUACAAUGUGAUAGAAGGCGAACGAAUCAGUGCGGUGGAAGAGCAAUUUUCAGCGAGGAUGGUAAUACUGUGGAGAAGAAAAUUCACAAUCACCCCCGUGAUUAUACCUUACACGACAUUUCUAUCUUCCGAGAAGAGUUGAAAAGAGCAAUUAAAAGUGAGCUCAAUGAUGCUGGCGAUAUUUAUGACCGAUUAGCAAGAUUGCAUCCUCAAGCUGCUGCUCGGGUGAAAAGAAAUAACGCCUUACAAUGCAUGCGUCGUUGGUCCCAAACAAACAUACAGAUUCCAAAAGGAAAAUCUUUUAAAGAACUGCGAGAUGCAUUAUACACGGAUCGUUUCUUAACUUUACGCAAAUGUGCAGAUGGAACUUUUAUUGAUUUAAUAGUCAAUAAUGAAAAUCUUCCGGCGGAGACAAUUGCUUUAUGUCACCAAAAGGUAUUAUAUGGUUGUAAAAAUGCAUCAUCAUUGUAUAUAGUUACAACAGGCAAAAUAAAGCUUAAAAAUUUACCGACAGAAGAGAUUUUGAUGGUAGUUGCUGAUCUCGAAAAUUAUGCUGUUCCGUGUAUGAUUGUCAUUGGAAAACAGCGAAAAGAAGCUAUUUACUCCGAAGCUUUGGGUAUUAUUGCAGCAGCAAUCCCGUCAGUAAAAAUGGUUUACACUAAUUUUGAAGUAAGACUAAAGAAUCAGGUACAAGUAAUUUUUCCACAUGCAGAAAUUAAGGGAACUUUUUACUGUUAUUUGAAUAUCAUCUACAAGCUGGCAAUGAAAUAUGAUCUUCUCAAAGAUGACAAUGAUGCCAUUAUCAUACGAAAAGUGAUAGCUUUAAGUAUGAUUCUUUCAACAGCGACUCAAGAAUUAUACGUCAUACUAUGGCAGUCAUUACCUUUGACACAAAGGCCACGUUUCGAACCUUUUUUCACUGAUUACCAUAAUAUUUGGAUUCAAAAUGCUGUGAACGAGUGCUGUACUUAUGAAAAUAUAGCCAUUUUCAAUGAUUGUCAACGAUCUGCAUUGCGUAAUUUAAUAAAUUUUAUGAAUAAUUAUGAGAAGAGCACAAUUUGGCAUGUCUUGAAAUAUAUAAAUAAAUUGAGCAUGUCUACAGUACGAGAUUUACCUAGACUAAACUUAAAAAAAGUCUAUAUUGCUACGCCAAGGGCCCGAUCAUUAGUAGAUAAAGCGCAGUAUUGCGACAAUGCAAGAGUGCUAGAGAAAAAGCAAAUUACCUUAAAUACUUUCAUUAAGAGUUGUUCUUUCUUAGUAUGCCAAACUCUUGAAAACACUAUGUUUGAACGCGAGUAUGAAGCUGAGACGGAUACUUAUUGUUUCUCAGAUAAUAAUUCUCAGCAUUCUUCAUUUGAAUCAGGUCUAGAUCUUCAAAGCAUCGAUUUCAUCAAUGCCGCUGAUAUUUAUGAGGAGUUGGAUUAUAAAUCAAAAUUGGAAAAAAUAACUCAGCUUACUGAUGACACAGAUAACACCAGGGAAGCUGAAAGCGAGGGCGUAGCUGUUUGUGUUCAACCCGAAGAAGUUGCUGGUGUUCAACCCGAACAAGCUGCUGAUGCUCAACCCAAAGAAGUUACUGUCGUACAAGAUCCAAUGAGUAUUGAGAAGGCGACCACACUUAUACAACUCAUAGAAGAAAAUGAAAAUCCAGCAAGCAGCUUUUUAAAUGAAGAUGGUGCUUCGAUUUUAUGCGUUGCAUGCUUUGCCACUGAAACGCAAUAUAUGCUUAGUCCAUGCGGUCACACCAUCCUCUGUAAACAUUGUACAAUAAAGGUAUUGUACCAAUUCAUCAUUGGAGCUACUCCGGAAUUUAAAUGUAGGGUUUGUGGGAGUCCUUUUGAAGAACUCCAACAACUAUUUUUUAUAGAAUAA